CUUCCUCGUUUUUCUCCAAUUUAUCUCGAUAGGACUGAGAUUUAGGAUCUAAAGCUCGAAAUCAAGACCGAAAGAUGGCUGUGAUUGAUGAUACGCAGAAAUUCAUGACAAUAGGGGCCAUGGAGGGCCUAAACAAGAGCUUCGAGGAAGUAAGAAUUGAUGAUUAUCUUAAAGCGUAUAUGACUACAGGAAGGCCACCACAACCGUGCCCUCAAGAACCAGCAUCGGAUGUUGCGCGCUCAGCAUUGGGCUUGCCGCCGCUAUUCAAGCCGUACUCGGCUUCACCACCAGGAACAUCCAGUUUAUUGAGCUCAACGACCGCCACGACAACGUUGGCACCGGUCCCAACAUGUCGCGACCCUUCUCAACUUCCUAUCGGUCAAGAGUUUAAGCCAGCGAAAGUGGAUUCUGAGACUUUUCAUUCGAUAGUAGCCGCGGCUGAAUACGCGUUCUUUAGCCCAGAGGAGCUACGAUAUUAUGCCUAUCUGAAGGGCAAUAAACUUCCACCCCUGUCAGUCAAAAUGGACCCCUUCGUCAUGUCUACUGUCACCCCUACGUCCACUUCGACGGCCUCAACAUUACCACCGACCGACUCUCGCGAGAAGAUGGAAAGUAUAGUCUGCCAACCGUUAUUUGCAGACCACAGUUUUGAGGAACUUCGGGUAUUCUUUAUGCUCGCGGGCAAAGAACUGAACAGCGCAGAGAUUCGACAGUUCUUUAACCAACCCGCACCUGCCCCAAUCGUACCCUCGACACCCGUGAGCAACCCACACAUACCAGCGCCUAUCAUCGCCGCACCCGUCACUCCAGGACCACCGAUAUCAGCGACGCCUGGUCCAGCAUUCAGCUUCAAGUUUGGGGCCUGA